AUGGAGUUUGUGGUCAACUCGCUGCUGCUCCUCAGGCUGCUUAAAUGUUCGGCUGGCCAACGCUGGUUCAACCUGCGGAAUUUAAAGGCAAAAUGGCGACAGGGUGAUGGAUGGCAGUCGAAUAUCCAGUACUUAACCGAGUGUCAUGGCGAUCUUGUCGUUAUCUGCGAAUGUUCAGCGUCGGGAAGGCUGGCGAUCACAUGUCUGGAUGGUGCCCCUCUUUUGGAAACUAUUGAUGCUGUCUCUGCCAUGGCAGCAGUGAGAAAUAGUGCCGAGAAAGAGAAAGAGGUGGAAUCUGCUGAAUAUUACACUCAGGAGCUGUCAGGCUCUCACACUUCCUCUCCCACCACCUCUACCCGCAACAACAACAGCAGCAGUGUGGGACCACAGCAGUGCCAAUCUUUGGACAGUCACCAAAGCCUUUUAAAUGGAGCGCAGCCGAACCCAUUUGUCUGUGGCGGUGUCCUGGCUGCCCCCUGCACAGACGAUUCAUUGCCUUCAGGAGCACUUGUUAAUGGAUCUGCUUCACACUGUACCUCAGAGGAACCCCACGUCCCCAACAAGGAUGCAUCCCCUUUGCCUGGGACAGACACCAACCCUGAGGUGUUGGAGCCUCCCUGCGAGCUUCAAUCAAACACUUGGCAAAAACCAGAAGGGCACGUUAUGAAAGCACCAUCCACACGGACCCUAUCCGAGUCGGACAACAGCGGCUGUGAGACUCCCUUGGUGGGGGACAAUGCAGGUAACGGGGCAAUCAGCCGGGUGUGGACAAACAACGGCGUCAAGGCCGGAUCCUUAUGGGAUGCUGAUUCCGAGUCAGAGUCAUCAGAAAGCUCCUCUGACAAUUAUGAUGGCCUGAACAGAAGCCUCAGAGAGAAGUUUAUGUGCUUCCUGUUGAAAGGUAGGAUACUUGAUGAAGUGGUGAAAGGAAAAAUAAAAGUGGGGGGUCUUCAGUCAGCCAGCUCUAGGAGAAGGAAACGAAAAACCUGCCGAGUGAAAAGGAUACCAGUGGAAGAAAAAGUUAACGAGGGUUUCAGCCGCACCUCCCUCAUUAACCAAGGCUUAGAUUUUGAUUCGUCCAUAACUGAAGAACGCUCCUUGAGGCAGGAUCCGGAAAGUUUGAGAGCACACAUAGACUCGCAUCUGGGGAAUUCCCAAGACAAAAAGAGCUUAAUUUCAUGUGAUAAUAUAGGCGGGCACAAUGAAACAGACACCUACGUACGUGGCCAACCUAUGCCAUUAAAGAGACAGCUGGAAACAGGCUUGGAGUCAGAGCACUUGUUCUUCCAAUGCACAAAGUGCAAUGUUAAUUUCAAGGAGGAAAGGCAUUUGCAUAGGCAUAUGAUGUAUCAUUUAGAUUGGCAUAAUCAGGUAGGGCAAGUGAGCAGCCUCCGCCCCUUUAUAUGCAAAGAGUGUGGGCGUACAUUCUGCGAGCAUGCUUCCCUGGAGAAGCACACGCUGAUCCACCAGGUGCAAAGGGAGAGAUUGAUGGAAGAGAUUAAAGAUCUGAAUGAAUUGAAAAGCCAGGAAGGACAAGCUCAGCUGCAGUGUCCCCAGUGCGCUUUCGAUACCAAUUGUCCACAAACAUUCAUCCAUCAUGCCAAGACCCAUGAAAAGGAAAAAUAUUAUUACCGUUGUGAAGAAUCUAAAAAUGUCGAGUUGAGCGAGUCAGAUAUGGAAGUACAUGAACCAAUAGCUCACCUCAGUGCAUGCCACGGAAGAGUCAUAAAACCCUUGGGCAUGCUUUUUUGCAAAAUUUGCACAUUUAGCACAAAGUACAGAGAUGUUUUACAAAAGCACCUGGAACUUGUACAUGACCAGCCACUUUGUGAUUAUGAACUUCAGUCACACAAUAUGGCAGCUGACCUUACAGGGUCUGUGUCUGAACAGGACGGGCUAACAGGCCAAACUAAAGCAGACAACUUAUCUCUACCUUCAAUAAAGCCAAAGUUCCUCAGAGAGAACCAGAGCAAGAGUGGAGCAGGGCUGUCCUCAUGGUCCAGUAGCUUUGCUGACCUUUUUCUGAGCGAUAAAGGCACACAAAAAUCUUCUAAAAGUUUGAGCUCUUCACUGAUCAAAUGGAGAUUUGGCAGCUUAGCAAACAACCUGUCACCGUCUUUGCUGAAAUGUGACAAGCCAAGUAAAUUAUCUCUGCCUACAGAGAGAAUAGAUGUGACAACGGGUCUCUCCUAUGUUGAAGAGGACAAUCAAGAAUGUGAAAGUGCUGUCUCUAAACAGAACACAAAAUAUCUCUCCGGCUUUGACAUGAAUCUGCUGACAAAUUCUGCAAUCUCCAACAAAGCUGUACAUCUGAACCAUGAUGACGUUAGCACUUCCAAAGAUCCCCCGCCUGGAAGCAGUUUAGCGGUCCCGAAACAAAAAUCUCCCUCUAAAAGGAAAAUGUCCAUUCCAUAUCACAACACUCCUAAGAAAAUUCCAAUGGUUUUACCAAAACAUGAAUCAGCAACUCAAGAAAAACUUGAUAUUUAUUCUUUGCAGAGUGGCAACUAUAAUAUUGUUACGUUUGAUUCUCCCAAUAGUCCCAGUGAGACCAUAGCACACUUCCUGGAUUGCAGCGAUGCCACGGACCCCUUAACCCAUCAGGGAGAUUUGCUUAAAGAUGACGUCUACAACUCUCCUGAGCAGUCAGAUCUUGGUAGCAACUUCGAAGAUGACGAUAAAAUCACCUCAUUUAUAGUGAAAGAAGAGAACAUGGAGAGUGCAGUGAGCGAGGACAAUCCAGAGUGUACUGAUCUUAAUUUCGAUGAUUCUUACACCAGCUACUGCACGUCCCCCGUGUUUGAACCAGAUCGGAAGUGCUGUCCAUAUUGCCCUGCUGUGUUUGAGUCAGGCGUGGGCUUGUCCAAUCACAUCAGAGGGCAUCUGCACAGAUGUGGCUUAAGCUACGAGGCUCGUCACAUGCUGUCACCUGAACAGGUGGCGUCUCAGGACUGGCAGCCUCGCAUUCGCAGGAGAGCGCCCUCCAUGAGCAACAGAAUCAGGAGAGAUAAACCUGAAUCUCAGACGGAACACACCUGCCCCCUGUGUCUGGGCUGGUUUGACACUAAAACUGGUCUGUCCAAUCACGUGCGGGGUCACCUAAAGCGGAUUGGCAAACCAAUCUCAGGUGUCAGCAAGUCUCCUCUGCGCAUCCUCACCGAGCUCCUGCAGGACGAGAACGAGCACAGGAACGUUCUCCGGGCUCUUGAAGCCAAACCUCGCCUCUCUAGACCCCUCAUAUCUCGGAAGUUUGCAGGAAGUGAGGGCUCGUAUGUUACACCCACUGGUUUCCCGGUCAAGCUUCAGCACACUGCUAACAGGCUGGUCUCUGAGGAGAGUGAGAAGAGGAAGAGGAAGGAAGAGAAGAUGAACGAGAACAGUAAAAGCACUUUAGUAGAGCUUCUUAAAAGUCAGAGAGUGGACCAGGAAGUGGCAGUCACAUGCCACUCUAAGAAAGCCAGAGCUCGUUUCAUCAUUUCUCCAUCAAAGAAGGUUUCUUAUGAAACGCUGCCCAUAUGUAGCCAAGGAAAGUUUGAGGGAAACAAGAAGAUUUGUAUCCACUGUAAUGCGACUUUCCACAGCGGGGUCAGUCUUUCCAAUCAUCUUAGGGCUUAUGCACGCAGGAAAAGGAUCGCCAUGCUGGAAGGAACAUCAUAUGAUUGUAAUCAGAAACUGCCUCGCAUAAGGCCAAAGAGGAAGGCGUUCCACACUCUACACAACACCUCUGAAGUGAUCUACACACUCACAUGCAGGUUUUGCGAUCUGGUCUUCCAGGGUCCGCAGUGUGUGCAGGAGGACUGGGUGAAGCACCUGCAGAGACACCUCAUGCACACUGCUGUCAAAGGCACAGGCGCUGGGAUGGUGGAGGUGCCAGCUGUGUGUGAGGAGCCAUGUGCUCCAAACUGUGUCACUCAGGGGCUCUAAAUCACGUUUACACACAAGCUUUAUUCACAUUACCACUCUUCUGCAUAUGUAAAUAAGAAGAUAGCAAGAGACACACAUACAUUUAUUCUAUAUAGAGAUAUCUAUGGACAAGCGUAGAAAUCUAUAUAAGAAAUGUUUCUUUUUAUAUGUGUAUGUAUGUGCCACACACACACACACACACACACACACACACACACACACACAUAUACACACACACACACACACACACACACCAAUCAGUCACAUAACAUUGAUUAACAAUUAUAUACCAGUAAACUGGUGACAGGAUCAUGGGAACCCAAGGCUGACUCAUGCCUUUAGAGAGCUGAGGCCAACCCAUCCAGUCCGAUCCCACAGAAAAACCAAUGCAGGACACCUUACCAAAAUAAGUCAGGGCUCAGGGGGUAAGCAGCCCAAGGCCACCAACCCAGACUUCCGACUCCCCAGAUUUAAUUUUAAUCGAGCAUCCUGGGAUGAACCAGACAAACAAGUCCAGUCCACGGAAGCCCCAUCCUGCAACCCACAGCACCCAAGGGAUCUGAUUUAACGCUAAUGGAUUUAAUAUACUUGCUGACCUGUGUGUUUGUGUGUGUGUGUUUUAUACAUACAGUCAUACCAGUCAAAAGUUUUAAUCCUUUUUUUUUUUUUUUUUACUUUUUAGGACAGUCCUGGAUUUUUCCACAACUAUAAAAUAACACACGUCAUUAGGUCAUUAAGUAACAACAUGAACAACGACAGUCAGUUGUUAUUUUAAGACAUGAAGGUCAAUUGUUCGGGAAGAGUUCUUGCAAGAACAGUAUAGUCAAGUUCAUUUGUAAAACCUAUUAAGCGCCAUGAUGAAACUGGCUCUCAUGAAGACCAUCCCAGGAAAGCAAGACCAAAACUUACCUCAUAAAUCUCAUACCAGCCUCAUAAAUCACCAGUUAACAGCAUCUCAGAUUAGCACAGUUAUGAGGUCUUUACAGAGCCUAAACAGCAGACACAUCUCCAUAUCAACUGUUCAUAUUUUGGAAGCCUUCAGCAUUGUUUUACAAUGCUUCUAGUUCUGGUACAUUUUCAACAUUCUCAGGUGUUCUGCUUGUUGCAGGCCUUUCAAAACGUGGCUCGCGUUCAACGUUUUUCAACAGGUUCUCAUCCAUAUUUAAAGCAUUUGUGACACACUUUUAUUUAUUUAUAUUUUAUUUAUUUCACUUUUACUUAAUUUAUUCAUCCCUGAAAGCUCUCUGUAUCAUCUGAAUAGUUUUCGUGGAAGAAUGUUCAAGCAUAUAGGAAAAUUCGGUUCAGAUUCAUUGCUCUACUCGCUUAGUCAUUUUAAAUGUGACUGCCACACAUAUACAACAUACUGUAUACAGUUCUCACUCCAGGCAUCUAGUGCCCCACUGACUAGUACAGUGAAAUUCGUCACGCAUGUGCAUUACUCUUAUUUGCUGCCAGGUUACACCAGUGCUGCACAAACUGUUCUCGUUUAUUAUACAUAGACCUUGUAUACACCAAUCAGCCACAACAUUCUGAUAUUGAGUAGGUCCCCCUUCGGCCACAAAAACAGCGAUGUACUGUGUGUUCAGACUUCUUUCUAUGUGACCCAGCAUUAACCUUUUCAGCAAUUUCAACUAUAGACUACACGGGUCAGGCUUCAUGUCCCACGUGCAUCAUUGUGCCUUGGCCGCCCAUGACCCUUUCUCUGGUUCACCGGAUUUCCUUCCAUGGAUGACUUUUGGUAGGUCCUGGCCAUUGCAGAUUGGGAACAUGCCACAAGAACUGCAGUUUUGAAGUUCCUCUAGCCAUCAAAAUUUGGCCUUUUUACAGUAGCGGUAGUUACAAUAUCUCAUUACAAUGGCACCUGGAAAUGCAUGGGAUAUAUUAGGCAGCAAGCAAACAUUUUGUCCCUGAAGUUGUAAGCUGUUGUAAGCAGAAGAAAUGGGCAAAUCUGAAGAUUUGAUCGACUUUGACAAGGGCCAAACUGUAAUGGUUAGACGACUGGAUCAGAGCGACCCCAAAACUGCAGCUCUCCUGAGAUGUUCCCUGGAUGAUCAGUGUGUCUAUAAAUGAUUCGAUACCCAAUAUGGUGUUUACGAUUAAAUAUGGUCACAAUACAGUUAAAGGUUUAGUGAUGACAUACUUGUGCUUUAUUUAAUAUGAUUAAAUCUGUAAAGAACAACCAUAUGAAGCCAGGUGAAAAGAAUAUUUCUCCAAAACAUUUAUUCUCUAAAAUAUAUCAACAAAACCUACAGAAAACAUUAGAGAGUAAGAAAGAAUAUUUUCUAUACUUAUUUUCUUCUCCUUCAUUUUUUAGUGUUCUCCCCCUACAGGCAUGACAUUUGUCAUAGGUCUGGUUAUUGACACGUUCCUGCAUUCAUAUAGUCUUACACAGAGCUGAAUAUCUGCUUAGAGAUAAUGUGCUCUGAUCUAUUUUUAAAUCAUAGUCAUAGUUGGUGCACACAGUGUUACAUUUACUUGUAUUGUGAAGACUUCUUUUGUAGCAUGAUUAUUGUGUAACUAAGGAUAUUCUGAAAGUUUGGCCACUGAAUUUUUUUAAAAGAAUAAAUACAAAACCAAUCAAACUAUAUAUAUAUAUUUUAUAAAUCAUUUAACAUUUAUUUAGUAGUUUAAAAAAGCCCUUAUUGAUCAACCUUAAAUGUAUUAUUUGCAUAUGCUAAUUUUACGAACAGUUAAUGAACUUAUAAAAAUUUUUUGCUGAUUAAAAACAGUGCAUUCUUACUAAGGAAUUAUUCUCUUAGAAUGAAUGUACUUUAAUGGAAAAUAUGACUUCAGGGUGAGAUUAACCUAAACAAUCACAAAGACAAAAGAUAUUUUCUUUAAUUUUAUUUUGGCAGAUUUAACAAGGGUGCCAAUAAUUUUUUGACAGUAUACAUUAGAAUAUGUUAAUAAAAUUAUCCCCAGUUGGUUGAUGUUAUAAAGAAUUUGUUCACAAAUAAUUCCAGGUCCUUAAAGCUAUGGUCGUAUCUAGGCAAAUAUGCCUAGAUGUCGUUAUGUUUCGUAAAUUCUCAUCCCUUAUUGAUUCACUAUUUAGUUGUGAUCUACUGCCCUGUUUCCCACAUGUCAUGUCCCCUAUGUCAGAAUUUCUGUGUUUUCUGAAUUUGGUCAGCUGCAUUACUGUUUUAACUAAUUUGUACUACAUAUUUGUACCUUUUCUAAUUAACACGAGGGCUGUAAUGCCAGUAAUGCAAAACUGGGCAUAAAGUUUUUAACUUAUGACUGAAAUACGUUUAGGUCGUUCAAAUUGCACAUGUUGCUAGAGUCACUCUUUCUUUAUAAUAACUGUUAUUCCUUUUCUUGGCUCAUUGAGUUCUUAUCUUAGGAUCUUAAUUUUGUAUUCUUAAGAGGGGUGCAGGCUGCUUGACAUCCACAGAAGGCUACAUUAACAAGAGCAAUGCACACAGGUGGAUGAGGAAGUUUAAAGAAGGGCAAACCAAGUAGUCUGAGUCUAUCAACUGCAACAGUGGGGUUUUUCAAGGCCCAAAUGCAUCGCUUGUGGUGGAGACUAUGUUGGGUAGUACAUUUAUAUGGAGUUUAUAGAGCUUGUCUACCAAUAUGUGCAAUUUGAAUGACCUAUGUCAGUUAAUAAAAUGUAAAUUAUGACCACUUUAAUAUUACUUUCAGUGCAGCCCUUGUACAUACACAUCACAUUUUCCAGAACUAAACAGUAAUAGUCCAUUAUCAGACAUAAUCACAUGCAGUGCAGGAUUAGCAUUUUAUGCUACUUCUUUGUUUAUUAGUGAUUAUUAGUAAUUAGUGUUGGGGUUUAUUCGAACCCUCAGAUAAAAAUGCAACAAAAAAAAAAGAUAGAAUUUAUGCAAUGAUGCAAAUAAACCAAAAAUUAUAUAUAUAUAUAUAUAUAUAUAUAUAUAUAUAUAUAUAUGCCAUUCUGUUUUCACUAUUAGUUUUUGACGUGAUGUAUUCAAAAUUUUAAUUUCUGCCAAGGAUGAUGUGUUAUCUUAUGCAUGAUAAAGGGCCUUUAGACACUUGCAUUUACAGUGAUGUUAGCAUUUUAGAGACACUAAAUUGAAACAAUUGUCAUGUUAACACAUUGGAAACCAGAAGGACAACCAAUAUAUAUGCUUAUCAAUAGGACAAUACAAAACUCCUGAUAUAAGCUCACAUAAAUGUUUUAAAAGCACACUGUUCUGUGACACUAUGCUCGCUACACUGCUGUAACAGCUGCAUACACUGCUCUUUUUUUUUGUUGUAGGAAUAAUAACGGUUCGGAUGCCAUAUUUUAGUGAAGGCACUGUUUAUGUAUAACACUCACCUCAACUGUGAUGCAUCCAAAAGUAUAACUCUUACUUUAAAAAUUAUUAAGAAAUAAUCUAUUAACAUUCUGUGCUUAAACUAUUUAUGAGCAAUUUUAUAUGUGAAUAAGUGACAUACCAUAUUUUUCCUGAUUAUAAGGUUUGCUAUUUGCGCUCUUCAGCACAUACAGUGAAGCAAGAUAUGUUCAUAUUUCUUUCUUUAUUUUAUUAUUUUUUGGGGCUUUAGCCUAAAUACAAUAAGUCCUAUUGUUGAGGGUGUUUUUUAAAAAAUAUAUAGUAUAAUAUAGUAGACACGCUACUCCAGCAGUUAUGGUAGUUUUUCCAUUCCAUGUUCUAACAAAGAAGCAUUACUGAAAUGUUCACUGCAAAAUUAUAGAUACAUUUAAAAAAAUAAAUAAAAGGGUAAAAAGAAAAAAAAGUCUCAUAUUCUGUUGGCCUCAUAUGACUGAAACUUGUCUUGUAUGCAUGAAAUCACUAUUUAAAACUGACAUUAACCAGGCUCUAACAGCAUGAGAAAUCCUGUACCUGUCAUACAUACCAGAAGUUGCUAUUAUUAAGUGGGCCUUAUCAGAACAAACACGUUACUUAAUAAGGUUUUGGUUUCUUUAACAUUGACAGAAUCCAAAAUAAAUGCUGUACAUGUCCUAAGGAUAGUGUGGAGAGCAGCUGAAAAUGAGAAAAUUGCUAAUACAAAAAAUACAGAGAUUUUUUUAGUAU